GAAAAAAAGAAGAAGAAAAACAAGGGCCGAAAAAAGAAAAAACGAAAAACCAGGAGAAUAGAGAGAAGAGAAAGAUUAAAAAGCUGGAAAAUCCAAGCUCAUAUUGGUUACAAAGGCGACGAGGACACGGAUCGAGAAAUCCAAAAUAGGCAAAGCAAAAAAGUGCAAUUCGAACCAUAAAAACAGCAGCGACGAAAAUGGAAGAAUCAACGGCUAAAGUAGAGAGAUCAAUAGCCGCGCCGAUGAUAUUCCUUAUUGUCGUAGCUUUGCAAUUCCUUUCCCGAUAUUUCGAAAUCAAUAAAAAGAAAGGUUCCACAAGUUCCGAGGAUAUACAGUUGCGAGCAGAAAUUAAGCAGCUGCUAAAGGAGGCAAGUGCCUUGUCACAGCCGUCAACAUUUGCACAAGCUGCAAAACUGAGGAGGUUAGCUACAGCCAAGGAGAAGGAACUUGCCAAAAAUCAAGCAAUUCGCAGCAAAGAGACGAAAUUGUCAUAUGAUACAUACACAAAAGGCCUAACUAUUUUGCAGGUCUUGACGUACUUGUUGCUGGUUAUCUGGUUUUGGCGUAUUCCUGUGGCUUCUAUAUCUAAGCAGCUCGUACAGCCUUUUGGUAAGAUGUUGUCUUGGCGAGCUGGAGGUCCUACCAAUGAAAAUGUUAUGGUGGGGAUUAUUCCAUGGUUGAUAUUGUCUACGAGAGUCAGCAAAUCUAUCUGCCGAAGAAUAUUCAACUAGGAGGAGAAAGUAUAAGUGACAUUAGUGUGCACUGACCCUUUUUUUCCCUUUCUUUUUGAUAUCUAUUUCAUUGUAUUGUCAAUUCAUUAGGAUUUGUACAUUGAAUGUGCUACACCCCUGUAAGGAUUACCCUUUUUCUUUUUCUGGAAGUAGGAACAGAUGCGAUGAGUUAGAAGUCAUAUUAGAAAGGAGUGCUUCUAUAUGGCUUCUUUUGGUUUUGAAAAGCAAGUGCAGUUUUCGGUUGUUGGAUUUUUUAGGGAUAAGUUUGUAAUAUUUAGAUUUUGUCAAGUGGAUCCGCUUUUUGAGUUGAAAUAUAAUUAUAUUGUGUGCA